CGUGCAGUGGGUGUGCCGCACAGCGAUCCGAUGUGUGAUUUUUGUUCAAUUAUACUUGUAAUGGAUCUGACAGUUCCAUUUUGAAGGCUCGCAAUGAAUAGAUUUGUGUGGUCCAGCGAGAAUCGGCAAAGUGGCGAAGUGAUCCGGCGGCAACAGCCGGGCGUAGCACUGUACGACGGCGACAGAAAGACGCCUUUCGUUGGAGGCGAAUUGGUGCUGACUUCGCAUCAAGUCUACUGGACGGGAUCUGAGGUUGGUCGCAAUGAUUAUCUCUGCCAAGUCUCCAAAUUGCCCUUAUUUGCUUUUCUUUAUGUGCAGAAACAGCGGAUAAGCUUACACCUGAGCCUCGUUGUGCUAAUCGAAGAACAGAGCGGAAGCUGGAGUAAAAGUGCCAAGAUAGUGGUCCACGUCUCCCCACCGGCUGACGAGAAACACGUUGGCGUCGUCCAGAGCAGUCCGUACGACUAUGUCCGGUUUUCCUUCCGCAGUGGAGGCUCGUCGGAGUUUUUCCAGGAAAUGCAAGCUGCGCUACAAAGGAAAGAUUGGCUGAAGAUGCCCACAGUUGAUUCACGAGGCAAAAAGAUUCGCACUGGUAUUGUGGGCAUCGAACGUCAAAUCCAGGCAAAGCAUGACGAAGCAGACAAGAAUAUAUCUGCAGCCUUCGAAGAUCUCAGCAAAUUAAUGGAAAUGGCUAAAGACAUGGUGGCAUUGUCCAAAAGUAUCACACAGAAGUUAAAGGAAAAAGGAAGUAGUUUGACUGAUGAUGAAACAGUCAUGUUCAAGUCACACUUGCUGUCUCUGGGAAUCAGUGAUCCAGUCACAAAAAGUGCCUAUGGAUCUGGUAUGACCUACUACCAAGAACUUGCCAAGCAGCUUGCUGAAGUGCUUGAGGGACCUGUCCAGGAAAGUGGAGGAAUUCUUUCUCUAACAGAUGUCUACUGCAGGAUAAACAGAGCAAGGGGCCUAGAGCUUUUGUCCCCAGAGGAUCUUCUAAAUGCAUGUAAGGUUAUGGAGUCUUUACAGCUACCGUUGAGGUUACACGUGUUCGGAAGUGGGGUCACAGUUCUGAAACUGGCUACACAAAAUGAUGAAGCAACGAGUACAGAAACCCGACAGUUGAUUGAUGAACAUGGUUCAUUGUCAGCUGAGCAACUUUCACCCCUCGUUCACAUUCCAGUCAUAUUGGCUAAAGAAAGGUUAAUUUGUGCUGAGCAGAGGGGCUUGCUUUGCCGUGACGACUCGGUCGAAGGCCUUAGGUUUUAUCCAAACUUGUUCCUGGAGAAGUUGGACUAGGGGACUGCCGAUUCUUGUGUGUACAAGUGCGAUUGUAAUGUUGUGUGUUGAGCCGAUAAAACGUUUCUGUUGGUAAUGCA